AUGCAUGUCUGUAUUACUGGUGGUGCUUCUGGUCUUGGCGAGUCUUUAGCUAUACUCUUUAAGAACAAAGAUUGGCAAGUCACAAUUAUUGAUAGAAACAAACCAAAACAUCCAAAACUUUCUGCAUGUACAUAUAUUAAUCAUGAUUUCUCUUCAGUUAAACCUUUAAAAAUCACUUGUGAUAUACUUAUUCUUAAUCAUGCUACUUUUGAUGGUUUUACUCCUUUUACUUCCCUUACAACUAACUAUGUUAAUCAGUACAUACAAAUCAAUCUAUCCGCUCAUUUACAAAUGAUUCAAAAUUCACAAUUUAAUCGCUUAGUUUAUAUCAAUAGUGUACUUAGUAUUGCUUCUUUCCCAAAUGUUGCUCUUUACUCAGCCACUAAAGCAUUCAUGCAUACUUUUCUUAACUCCCUCCGCCGCGAAGGUCUCAAUAUUCUAACUGUCUAUCCCUAUAAGAUAGAUACACCUCUUUUUGCUACAGUCAGAACUCCAUUCGUUCUUUCUACCCACCAAACAGCCACUGCCAUCUACCAAGCCAUCAUCAACAAACAAGCAACUCUCUACCUCCCCAGCAUCUUCCGACUCUCCUACCUCCUUGCCCUACUCCCACACAGACUCCAAAACUGGCUCCACUCUCUCAUCUACCGCCUAGUCAUCACCUAA